AUGACAGCUAGAGCCUUCUGGCUCCUCUGCUUGAUCAUCGGAUCGUCUCCCGACGCCCCAGGGGCGGAGGGAAAAGCCUCGCCGCCCCGCGACCGCAACCCCGACCCCGACCCCGACCCCGGCGGCGGCGGCGGCCCGAGCGCGGAGGAGCCGCCGGCCCCGCGGACACAGCCGGCCCCCGAGGCCGCUCCGCCCGCCUGGCCGGACCCGCGGCGCCGGAAGCCCCCGCCGGCCGCCGAGAACCCGACCGGCUUCCGGGAGGCCGCGCGCCCGCCCGCCGGCCCGCCGAGCCCGCGCCUCCCGCAGGCGGAGAACCGCGCGUCGUCGCGCCGCGCGCCCGCGGAGGCCCCGCCCCGCGCGCGCGCCCGCGUCCUGCGCUUCCCCGCCGCGCGCCCGCCCGCGCGCGCCCCCGACGGCCUGGCUCACCCCAACCGGGCGCGCGCCGCCGCGCCGCCCGCGCUCCCCGCGCCGCCGCCGCCGCCGCCGCCGCCGCGCCGGGACCGGCCUCGGGGCGACGCGGAGCCCGGCGCCGAGCCCUGCGCGCACGCCUGCCGCCUGGAGCUGGACGAGCGCGAGUCCUUCUGCGCCAGCGAGUUCGCAGUGAACGGCAUCGUGCACGAUGUGGACGUGGUGGGCCCGGGCAUCCAGCUGGUGACGCUGCUGGUGGACCGGGACGGGCUGUAUAAGAUGAACCGCCUGUACAUCACCCCGGACGGCUUUUUCUUCCGCGUCCACCUCUUAGCCCUGGACUCCUCCAGCUGCAACAAGACAUGCCCAGAGUUGAAACCCGGCAGCAGGUAUAUUGUGAUGGGCCACAUCUACCACAAGAGGCGGCAGCUCCCUACAGCUCUGCUCCAGGUCUUAAGAGGGCGGCUCCGGCCAGGAGAUGGACUGCUCCAGAGCAGCAGCAGCUACGUGAAAAGGUUUAACCGAAAAAGGGAUGUGCAAGUUCAAGGUGCAAUUCACACCCAAUGCAUUUGA